AUGGGUGAAAUUUGCUUGCCACAAGCUGACGGAAAUGUAAUGUUCGAAGUUACCAGUGCAACACUCCAAUUCAUACAUUCAAGAGGUUUAUUUGGAGGGUUAGAGCAUGAAGAUCCGCACGAACAUGUACAAAGCUUUGUGGAAGUGUGUACCCCUUUAUCAUUCAAGAACCUAUCUCAAAAAUCCAUACGGUUUUGCUUAUUUCCAUUAUCAUUGACUGGGGGAGCCACUAAAUGGUUGGUUGAGCGCCCAAACAACUCCAUCAAAUCAUGGGAGGAGCUGGUUAUGACAUUUCACGAAAGAUUCUUUCCUUCAUCAAGAAUGAUGAAAUUGAGAGACGAUAUUCAAAAUUUCAAGCAAAAGGAGGGUGAACCAAUUCACGAGUCAUGGACAAGGUUCAAGAAAUCUUUGCGUAAGUGCCCAACGCAUAGACUGCCAGGUGAAUUGUUGCUCCAAUACUUUUACCGUAGUCUGGACUUGGUUAAUAAAGGGAUACCUGAUCAAUUGGAUGAUCAGGGUGAUCAGGAGGAGGACCAUACUCACUUGAGUGAAAGCCCAAAAUCUAAAAGGAGUGCAAGUAGUCCUCGGGUAAAUGAUUUGUUAUUGCGCAUACUCGAUAAAGUUGAGGGAUCUGAUGAUUUGCUAAAAGGAAUGAAAGAUGACUUUUCAUCAUUAAACAGUAAAGUAAAUUCUCAUGUUGAUGUCAUCAAAAUGCUGGAAGGUAAAUUAAGUCUAUUAUCAGCUCAAUUAACAUCCAAAACACCAAUGGACUAUAUUGAAAGAGAUCUGGUUGUAGUUACCCGUAGCGGUAAGGUGGCAAUAGGGGAAAUUAUGGAAGAUGAGGAUCCUCAAAAACAUGAAGAGAGCCAAGGUGUGGAGGAACAACAUUUCCCUAUUCGACAAAACCUUACUAAAGAACCACAGGAGGAAACAGAGCAACAAGUUCAAGUUCCAAAAGUUAUGCAUCCUUUACUCAAGAUACCUCCACCAUUUCCCCAACAAGCAUUGUUGGAAAUGCCGGAAUACGCCAAAUUCAUGAAAGAAUUGGUUACAAAGAAAAGGAGCUUAGACUAUGAAACGAUUGAGGUGCCCCAUAGUUGCAGUGCAAUUAUGACAAAUGAUUCAUUCACUAAGAGAGAAGAUCCUGGGGCAUUCACAAUGCCGUGCACAAUUGGCAUGUUCCAAUUCGCUAAAGCCUUGUGCGAUUUAGGAGCAAGCAUCAACUUGAUGCCCUAUGCAAUAUACAAGCAACUUGACUGUGAGUUCGAUGCUGAAAUCCCCAUUAUUUUGGGAAGGCCAUUCUUAGCCACCUGGAGAGAAUUGGUGUAUGUCGAAAGUAGGAAACUGAAAUUCCGUGUGAAUGAUGAUGAUGUGACCUUCAAUAUCUGUAAAUCCAUGAAACAACCAAGUAAUAUCCAUGUAGUGUCCAUUGAGGAUGUUAUAGACGAGGCAGUGGAAAGUGUUAGCCAUUUAAUGCGCAAGAAUGAACCCUUUGAAUCUGUACUUGCCAAUUAUGAUGAAUCCGAAGUUCAGGGUUACAAGGAUGUGGUAGCUGCUUUAUCAGGGUUAAGAGCAUAUUCAAGGAAUCCAAUCAAAUUCGAUAUCGACCUAAAAAAUAGAGAAAGUCCUCCUGCAAAGCCAUCAACAGAAGAACCACCGAAUUUGGAGUUAAAAUCCCUACCCUCUCAUCUUAAAUAUGCAUUCUUAGGAGCCAAUGAUACUUUACCGGUAAUUAUCGUCACCGAUCUGCUUGAAAGGCAGGUGAAAUUGCUCAUUGAAGUACUGCAGAAGCAUAUAAAAGCUAUUAGAUAG